AUGAAUUCUACUUUCUUCAAUCAGACUGUGGUAGAGGAAGGGUUUUAUUCCAGUAAGGGUCCCGGUCUGGGGACAGUUCUUGGGUGUUGUAACCAGACCACAGUGACUAAUGAUGGCUCCCUGAGUCUGAAUCAAGAAGAACAGAAAAUCUUCAUUAUGAGAGUGGUGCAGAUUGCUGUGCUCUGCGUCCUCUCUUUGACUGUCAUCUUCGGCAUAUUUUUCCUGGGUUGCAAUUUAAUGAUUAAGUCGGAGAGCAUGAUCAACUUCCUGGUAAAGGACAGGAGGCCCUCCAAGGAUGUGGAGGCUGUGAUAGUUGGCUUGUACUAG